UACAGAGGCCAGCUCCAGAAUGACUUGGAGGUGGAAGAUUGGCUCCUGGAGCGAGGUUACUUUUCCCGUCCUCCCGGAACCGGCACCAAGAGAGGGAAGAUCCGCCUACUUAUAUGCGAGCGCCUUCAUGUCGAGCCUCCAGACUUCGCCAUGAGCAAGAAUUCAUUCGAGUCUUUGAUGAGGGUUUUCGAUUUACCCGUCGAGACUCUUCCGGCUUUUCAGGGCCACAACGGAACCCAUUUCCGCCGAAAGAGGUAUUCGGGCGAUCGCCUCGUCUCGGUUGCAAAUACAGUGAUCAUUGUUAAACUGCCGCAGAUAUUCCAAAUAGAAAACUGUGGACUUUCAUUGACGCACUACUGCGACACAGGGAACACCAAUGCAUUCCUAUGGGGCCGAAACGUCGUUCGCGAGAACAACCCCACAACGGGCAAGCGAGUGAGGCCGCAUAUCGCGGUGUUCGAAACCGUGUUAGAGUGCAUGGCGCGGUCAUGGACGGACCCGCUUCUACUCCCGGCAAUACUGCUAUACGACUACGUCGACAGAGCGGAGCGAUUUCUCAGAUCGGAUAUAGACCUGUCGAUGAUGAGCCUUGACAGGUAUCUUGGGGUGACACGGACGGGUAGGAAUUACAAAAAGUACAACGACCCGCUCGACCAUGUUGCGCCGCUGGAGAAUAUGGCAAGGAGAGAAGAACGGGUGAGACUGACGUCGCAACUGCACACUAACGCGUACAAUACUGUGGCUUUGCACCACAACAUGCAAUGGGCACACCGGUACUGUGCGUUCAUGCAAAGCACUGUUGAGGAGACUACGCAUGAGCUCAAGCGCACAAGACAAGAGACGGAGGUGCAAGAAUCGGUCUCAUUCCUCCAGAACAAACUCGAAAGCAUUCAGGACUUUGUAAACCAGAUCCGGGACAGGCAGGAGCGCCAACUAAGCGUCCUAAGCAGCUUCAUCGACCAAGCCGACAACGACCAGAGCAUGAAAGUAGCGCGAGAUGCGCGCGUCGACGGGUUAGCCAUGAAAGCGCUCGCGCUGCUAACAGCCGUGUUCCUGCCGCCGUCUUUCAUCGCCACCAUGUUCAGCAUGAGCAUGUUUGACUGGCAAGCCAAAACCUCCUCGGGCGUCACGUCUAGCUACUUCUGGAUCUACUGGGCCGCGUCUAUCCCGUUGGCUGUUUUGCUGCUGUUGGGCUGGCGCGUGUGGUGGCGCCGCCAGAGAAGCGUUUAUGAUGAGGAGUACUGUCCUGAAGGGGGGAAGAGGUGGGAUCCCCCGAAAGCUGGUGCCUUUUAUGGAGGGAGCGGGAAGGAGGCUUUGGUCUCUCGCGCUCGCGAUUGA